AUGGUCGACGAAAAUCCAGCGCAGUGGGAUGAGUACCUUGAUGCUGCGCUAUGGUCCAUGCGUUCGAAACGGCAAGCGUCGACGAAAUUCUCUCCAUUCAGAGUCCUGUAUGGUAGAGAAGCGGUCUUUCCAAUUGAGUUGGAGGAAAUCCCAGAGACAAUCGAGAUCAACAAAGUAACACCCUUGGAUGCAGAUAUCGAAGAUCAUCUGCAAAAAUUUCAGACUGCAAAUAUUGAUUUGCACAAGAAAUUAUUGAGCAACGUUUCAAUAGCCCAGGAAAAGCAGAAGAGGGAGUACGGCAAAAGAGUGAAGGGGACGGUGGAAAAAUUCAAAAUUGGAAGCAAGGUAAUGGUGGCAAAUGUAAAGUUGAAAAACCAGAAGGGCAGGAAGCUGGACCAGAGAUACAGCGGUCCUAUGACCGUUGUGCACAUGCACAAAAAACAAUGUUUUUUGGAAGAUGGCAGGGGAAUUCCACUGCAAAACCCUGUACAUAAAGGCAGAUUAAAGUUGUUCCGAGAAGAUGAAGGUAGUAAUCACUAA